GCGGCGGGGGGGAGCAGCGCCCCGCGCCCGCGCCCGCGCCCCCGCCGGCCGCUGCCCCCUCCCCGAUGAGCUCCUACUUUGUCAACCCGCUCUACUCCAAGUACAAGGCGGCGGCGGCGGCGGCGGCAGCGGCGGCGGCGGCGGCGGCGGGGGAGCCGCUCAGCCCCCCGUACUACGACUGCCACUUCUCGCCCGAGGUGAGCGGCCGCCACGCCGCCGCCGCCGCCGCCGCCGCCGCCGCCGCCCUCCUCUACGGGAACGGCGGGGCCGCCGCCGGCUUCCCGCAGCCCGCGGCCGGCGGGGCGGGGGGCGGCGGCGGAGCGGCCGCGGACUUUUACCAGCCGGCCGGGGGGAGCCCCACGGCCGCCUACCAGCCACCUCCUCCUCCCCCUGCCGCGCCUCCGCCUCCUGCCCCCUGCAGCGGGGUUACCUGUCACGGGGAGCCCGCUAAAUUUUACGGAUACGAUAACUUACAGAGACAGCAGAUUUUUACGACACAGCAAGAGGCCGAGCUGGUACAAUAUCCUGACUGUAAAUCGUCCAGUGCUAAUAUUGGCGAGGAACCAGACCACUUAAAUCAGAGCUCGUCUCCUGCUCAAAUGUUUCCCUGGAUGAGACCACAAGCAGCGCCGGGUAGGAGGAGAGGAAGACAAACAUACAGCCGAUUCCAGACUCUAGAGCUGGAAAAGGAGUUCCUUUUUAACCCCUAUCUGACCAGGAAGAGAAGGAUCGAGGUGUCCCACGCACUAGGACUCACCGAGAGGCAGGUAAAGAUCUGGUUUCAGAACAGAAGGAUGAAAUGGAAAAAGGAGAACAACAAGGACAAAUUCCCCGCUUCCAGACAGGAGGGAAAGGAAGGGGAGGCCAAAAAGGAAGCACAUGAUCUGGAAGAAGACAGAGCAGAAGGCCAGACGAAUUAAAUUUUGCCCUAAAAGCCUUGGAGAAUGGCUAUCGAAAUAACGAGCGCCACAGCCCGAGACAUCUCGGCCCCGUGUCCCCCUGGACGUGGUCCUGCGGGGGACGAGUGACCCCGUGUCCUCCGCCUGACGUCCCCCUGCUUCGGGUGCUUCGGUGCUUGCGGUUUUGUUGCGUCUUGGUCUUAACCGUUCCCGGAACAAUCUCUAGAUUUAACAGUUCAUCUAGUCUUUUUUUUUUUUUUUUAAAUUUGAUACAGAGUUUGUAGCAAUACAUUUCUAAUGAUACAUAUAUAUAUAAAUAUAUAUUAUUUUUUGCAAUAUUAAAAGACGGUGAUUGCGGGAAUCGACAUAAACUUCCAAUGAUAAAUACCAAUAAACGAGACAUUUAACAAUGCUUUAUUAAUCAAGACAAGUGCACUCGUACUAUUUUAAUUCUUGUUCUUAUCUAAGGUUGAAUAAAUUAAAUAAAUUAAAUAAAUUUGAAUAAAAGAUCUUAGAAAUAUAUAAAUCUUCUACUAUUGAUAUUUGAUUAAAAUAAACCAAAU